CAUAUGUUCUGGCCUUAUAUAAACCCUACGUUAGGUUAUCAUACAACAUUUGGAGUUUUUGAGCGUAAGCUAGAAUGUCGGUCCUAACAGCAUUUGUCCUUGGAGUGACCGUUCUCUGCACACAAGUAACAUCAGAUUCAGUAUGCGGCGGAAAUCAUUCCGGUACCACGUUCGGUACCAUAGUAGCCACCCCGGGCCAGGGAACCUGUCAGUGGUCCAUAGAGGUACCAUGGGGAUCCUCUGUACGACUCACGUUCGAGACGUUUCACCUGCAUGAUGGGGAAGUCGCUGUGUACGAACACUGCAACGUUGGGAAUCAACUAGGGACAUUUAAAGGGCCCGACGUUCCUCCUUCCGUUACUUCUUACAGUAACAAGAUGGUAGUAACCAUGACGUCAUCUGGAGUCGGCACCGGUAUGGGGUUCCUUGCUCAUUACGAAGCUGUUCCCGUUCCCAGAGCCACCAUGGAAAAUUCUCCUGAUGAUAACCUUUCACCCCUUGACAUUCAAGAUGGCUGCCUGACUCACACGGUUGGUGACUGCUGGGCUACAGAGGAUGAGAGGGGGUUGCAGAACUGUGUGUGUGGUGGGGAGUACCGUGUGUGUUACGCCGUGCGCUGUCUCACAGGUACCUCUGCCGUCAUGGGCAAAGACGGGCAUUGGGAGUGUCGCAGAUACCAAGAAUCACGGGGUUUGAAAAUCUCCGGGCAAACGAAAUUUGUCCCGGUACCUCUAAUCGUGCAAGCUGUGGUAGGAUUGGUCAACUGGUCGCUAGGUAACGCCUUUGAGGAGCCUGACCCCCAGGAGCAGAUUUUGGCCGAUCUGCAGGCGCUGGACCACAGGCUGGACAACCUGCACGGACAACUGGAUUCAUUACAGACCCAUCAAAACUGGGCUGUUGAUGCCUCCCUUUACGCACACUCCGAGCAGAGGCUGCGAGACACACUGGACUACCUCACCAAUGUCCUGUAUGUGGACCCGGCGGGACAGAUGCAGCCGAGCGCCGCCGCGCAGCAGUGGGCAGACACGGUCCUGUCAACGGGCCAGGACGGCCUGUUCUCGGUGCUCAACAGAUUCCAUGAGAUGGUUGUCGGCUCCUCGGGUCUGUUCGGUUCGAAAUCCCUCCUGCUGACGUACGACGCCAUGUUGGCAUCAACCAUGCCCAGGGACUCUGUGGCGUACUGGAACAAGCUGCUGUGGUUCUAUGAGUACACGUACUCCCUCCAGGUGGCCGGGUACUCCGCCUGGUCAACAGCGCUCAACGUGAAGGGGAGGCAGGCCGAGACGCCAGCCGUCAUGGCGAGAGGGCGGGGCAAGCUCAGCGAGCAGGCCUGCUUUCUGGAGAUGUACCUCAGGGAAUGGCCGUCCGGUACAUACGGGCUCCCCAUGACCAACACCGGGUGCCCCGUGGCGGCGAACGUUACCUGGGAAACGGGAUCUCGUUUCCAGGAUACCGCCGGAUACAACGAGUGGUCGGACGGUCUCCACUUCCCAGCAGACAGCUUUCAGAGUAGCACCGUGCGGCAGGAAUUUUGUAUGAAGACGUCCACUGACGGCGGUAGCGGGGAGUGGCCAGCAGGGAGCUACUGUGUCUUCAAGAAGGGAGCGUGUCCUGAUGAUUUUCACGAGGGCCACAUCAUAUGGGAUGAUGUGGACGUGUUUAAUGAUAAUGAGCUCUCCGGCGCAGUGCCUGAUGGGGUAUAUGACGCCAACACGGAGAUCCACUACUGCUGCCGUGAGGACGGCUCCUACAGAACACCGAUACGUCUUCCAAUCAUGGCUCCCUUCUACCUGUUCCGCCAUCAGCAGGGGUGCCAGAUGGUCGAAGGCAUCACCAGUCCUGUGGACGAAUGGUUCUGGUUCGACGACGAUGAUUGGUUCAACCAUAAUGAGCUGGGUGGGGCCCAUCCCUAUGACGACGGUGAUCCCGACAACCACAAAGUCCACUACUGCUUCUACCAACGGGAUGAAUUGGCCUCAUAACUGCCUGCAGCUCUCAGUUUCUGUCAGAACCAAAAUAUACAGAACUAAAAAAAAGA